GAUUAUGUUGAAGCCAGAAUGGCUCCAGUUUCCCAACCUCAUCGUCUCUAUAAUCCAUGCUAGUUGUCGUGUACGCUGCAGUCUGCACUAGGAUUUCCCCUCCCCACGUCCCGGAGUGCGCGUGCGCGUGGGCCGUUCCAUUUGUCGUGUGCCCCCUGAGUGUGCUCGUGUUUUAUGCGUGUAUGAGAGAGAGUGAAUUACGGUGAUAGUAGGGGGAGCCACGACCAAACAACAUGGAAUUGCAACAAUGUGGGACCUAAAUUAAACCAGUGUCGCGUGAAGGGGGGAAGAAUCCGAAACCCUCGGCCCUCUGAGUUUAUGUUUUCUUUUAACCAUUAGAUGGUCUCGAGCGAGCCGACUCUGGCAGUGGAGGACAACUACUUCUCGAAUAAUAUGAAGGAGAUGAUUGGAGGCUGCUGCGUUUGCUCAGACGAGAGAGGCUGGGCUGAAAAUCCACUGGUUUACUGUGACGGGCAUGGCUGUAAUGUCGCUGUUCACCAAGCAUGUUAUGGCAUUGUACAAGUCCCUACAGGACCCUGGUUUUGUAGAAAAUGUGAAUCUCAGGAGAGAGCAGCUAGGGUGAUAAAAGGUUGGAAAGGACGAAAACCAGUUCCACAAACCACAGAUGGAGGAGGAAGAUCUGCAACCCACCCAAAUGAUGCUGAAGAAGAGGGACUUGCCAAAAGUUUAAAAACUAUGAAUACAUGGAGAUGUGAACUGUGUCCGCAUAAGGAUGGAGCUCUCAAGAGGACUGAUAAUGGAGGUUGGGCACAUGUGGUUUGUGCAUUGUACAUUCCAGAAGUGGAGUUUGCAAACGUUUCCACAAUGGAGCCUAUUGUGUUGCAGUCUGUUCCCCAUGACCGCUACAACAAGACUUGCUACAUCUGUGAAGAGCAAGGUAGAGAGAGUAAAGCUGCUACUGGAGCUUGCAUGACUUGCAACAAACAUGGAUGUAGACAGGCUUUCCACGUAACAUGUGCACAGUUUGCUGGACUGCUUUGUGAGGAAGAGGGGUCAGAUGCAGAUAAUGUGAAAUACUGUGGAUACUGUAAAAACCAUUACAGCAAACUGAGAAGGAGCAAACGCGGCUCUAGUAGUGCAUAUGAUCAAAGCUUAAGUGAUUCUUCAUCACACUCUUUGGAUAAACAUCAUGACAAGGAUAAAAAGAAACAUAAAGAAAGAGACAAGCACAAACCAAAACAUAAGAAAUCUGCACCCGGUCUUGUUCCUCCUGCACCUGCACUUGUUCAUUCUUUGACAGUAACGACGGAGAAGGUAAAUGAGAGUUACACAAGCGCAAGUGGUGGCAGCUCCAUGCCUGGUUCCCUGAAGCGACUGGAGGAGACCACAGCUCGGUUUACAAAUGUAAAUUUCCAGGAAGUCCCUGCACACCCGACCAGUGGAAAAGAUGGCGGUGUAGAGGUCAAAGUGGGGGGAGAGGUCAAAGUGGGGGGAGAGGGCAAAGGAAAAAAAGCUGCAGGUCACAGCACCGGCCAAAAGGGAAGGAAGCCUGGUGCUGGAAGAACUCCAGUUGGCGUCACAGCAGCAACCUCCACUAGCCCUUUCCAGCAAGGUGCAGGCAGCCAUUUGGGGACUGCUGGCAGUGCAAAAACUUCUUCUGGCAGCUCAGUCCAAUCUCCCCAGGAAUUUCUGAGCUUCACAGAAUCUGAUCUGCGAAAUGACAGCUACACACAUUCACAGCAGUCGUCAUACACAAGAGGCCUAUCUAAAGGAGAUGCAGCGGGUCUUGAAGGGGGUCUAAACGCUUUUAGUUCUUUAAUGGCCCUCCCAUCCGUCGCCUCUGGGGCUGCUCAGGCUAAAAACUAUGAGAACUCUCACGGAGACUUCAGCAGCUCGGCCAGCCAGGCUUCAGCAGGAUAUAAGCGAUCCCAGCCCACUUCGGGCAGCGUGGAGGAAGACAAUGUGAAGGGAAAGAAGCGCAAGGGAAAUAGAAGCAAAUACGGACCUGGAAGACCCAGAGGAAAUAAGGCUCAGGAGGCUGUUUCUUCUGCCUCGCCAGCCUCUUCUGUGGCAUCAACUGCAGGCAGCGUGAAUGGCGGCAACUAUAACAAUAAUGGCAGCAAUAACAUUAACAUUGUCCAGAAAUCUCCAACGUUGCUCAGGAAUGGAAGUUUUCACAAUGUGAGCGUUAGCUCAUCUCCUGCUGCCACAGGUCCUUUUGCUGGUAAUGACACUCCAGUAUCCUUGCCAAAUGCCGUACUGGGCUCACACUGCAGUACCCCUCUCUCCAGUUCCCAGUUACCUCAGCAGUCUGCUGUCCAUUUGCAGCACACGGUUCAAUCUCUGCCACCACCUACUACUGCCUCCGUUCCAAACCUGGUGUGUGCAACUCAGGCCAAUACAUUACCUGGAUCUUCAUUAAACCUCGCUCCGUCUCACAUGUUUGGAAACCGCCUAAAUCCAAACUCUGCAAUGGCAGCACUAAUAGCUCAGUCUGAGAACAAUCCAUCAGAUCAAGAACUAGGAGACAAUAGUCGUAACCUUGCUGGCAGGGGCAGCUCGCCAAGAGGAAGUAUCUCUCCACGCUCCCCAGUAAGUGGCUUACAGAUCCGCUAUGAUCAGUCAAGCAGCAGUGGCUUUGAGAAUCUGCCCCCAGUUGCAACUAGCAUCGAGCAAUUGUUAGAGAGACAAUGUAGUGAAGGACAGCGAUUUCUACUUGAACAAGGUGCUCCUGGAGAUAUCUUGGGAAUGCUGAAAUCUCUUCAUCAGCUUCAGAUGGAGAACCGUCGCUUGGAAGAGCAGAUCAGAACUCUGACAGCAAAGAAAGAGCGCCUGCAGCUCCUGAGUGCACAGCUCUCUGUUCCUUUCCCCAGCAGCGCGCCCAACCCCAGCGCCUCUUCUCAGUUGCAGGUCUUUGCUGCACAGCCUGAUCUAUUGAACACAAAUACGAGCCCACAUCUAAGCAACAGAUUUUUACCUGACAAUUCUCUUUCUUUACCAGCUCAGGAUGUGACCUCCAGUGGACAGAGCACCAGCAGUUCGUCAACACUAUCUACCCCACCCCCUGCUGGGCAGAGUCCUCCCCAGCAAGGGUCAGGGGUCGCUGGAGUUCAGCAGGUCAACAGUGUGACAGUGGGGGCACUGGCCAGUGGUAUGCAAACUAUGACCUCUACAAUUCCAGCAAUGCAGGGAGUGAGUGGAUUGAUGGGGACUAUGCAUGGAAACCAACUGGCGAUCAAUGGGAUAGUAGGGGCUUUAAGUGGAGUAAUCCAGACCCCUGCAUCAGUAGCACAGAACCACAGCCCCCUCUCCCACACAGCUGUGCCCCCCAAUGUGUCUCUCUCACUGCCUACCACUCUUAACAGUACUGCCCCAGCUAAAUCUAGUGCUCCUGGACUGGGUAUACUCUCUGGCCAGCAGAGACAGCUCUUACUUCACCAACAGCAGCUUCAGCAGCUACUCUCAUCCCAGCAGCCUACUCCGGAGCAGCAACAGGCUCUACUGUAUCAGUUAAUGCAUCAGCAGCAUCAGCACCACCAGCAGCAAGAACUGCAACAGCUUCAGCUCUCAGCAGCUGCACAGAUUCCUAUGAACAGCCUGCUGACAAGCACCCAGGCUCCCACACAACACAGCAUCAGUACCAACCCUUUCCUGGCCAUGCAUGGGGACCCUUCUGUGCAGAAAGUUACAAGAUUAACCGAGAAAACUGGACCUGUUGUACAAGAGAACAGUUGACCGAUGAUUCUAAGGUGCCUGCAAUUGUCUAGCACUUCACAAACCAUAUAAUUGUUGAUCUAUUUUUCUACGUGGUGGUGAUUUUUAUGAACAGGUCAGGCUUCACAUGACAUUUCUUGAAGGCAUUGGACUUACAAAUGGAUGUCAUUUUGUUGCACUAAAUUGGAGCUAAUCACUUAUGGACUUCAGGGACUGCAGAAAACAAAUAUGAACUUCACUUUGUACAAACCAUUUCUAUCAGCUUUCUUCUUUUUAGGGGUUUCAGGUAAUACAAAAUCAGAGGAAAAAAAUGGGUUUGGGGUGUUGUGAUUUUGGAAUACUGUAGUAGCUAACUUUCUAUGUUGGUUUAAACUUUCAGUACAUGUGGUAAAGUUUCCUGUAUGCUGUAAUUGUAUAUUUCUUUGGACCACUCUUGAUAUGAUUGGAUGUAGGAUUCUGAGCUUUUUAUACUGCCUGCUGGUGGAAUUAGAUCAAAUAUGGAAGAAAUGGAUGUGUCUGUCAUAGAGGAAGCUUCCUUUUGAGAGUACUGGUGAUUGUCCGCCUAAACCAGUGCUUGUUGCUAAGUCCAUUGUCCCAAACAGCUGAGCAUGCACUUGAUCACAAUUCCUGUCAAAGUGGCAGAAAUUUUUUAACAGUAUACCAGCAGCCUUUUUUUUUUUAAUAGUUUCAUUUUACUCUGUGUAGCUCAGGCAACAUAUUUAAUUAUAACCUGUCAAAGUGAAAUAACUCAAUCUGGAUCCUCACUAUUGUUCCUGAGAGGGCAGAAUAUUAUUAUUAUUAUUAUUAUUAUUAUUAUUUAUAUACAGUCACAAAAAAGUAUUGGCACCCUACACUUUAAUAUAAGAUAAAAAAAAAAAAGUUAAAUACAUGCAUUUGAACAUUAGCCACUAAUUUAAUAUGACAAAGACCCAAAUACACAAUUUCUGGUAGUUCAACAAACAAUCUUUCUGAAAGACUUAAGCAAUUUCACAUUUGUUCAUGACAAAAGUAUUGGUACCUUUUUGUUUAAAAGUCUGUACAAAAGUAAUAGAACUCCUUAUAAAAUACACUCAUUGAUUGGAAACCAUUGCACAGUAAUCAAGCUGCAUUAUAAAGUAAAUAGCCUUAAAAGAGGUAAUUAUUUCUCGCAUAUGUUGAAGGUUUUGGCAACACAGCAGAUGACGGUCAGGACAAAGGAGUUGGAUUCCCGUUUGAGAAGAGCCCUCGUAGCAAACUACAACAAAGGAAAUAGCUACAGAGCAGUAUCAAAGAAAUACGGAAUACCACAAUCCACAAUCGGAGCAUUAAUCAAGAAGUACCACAGA